GAAGCCUUCCAGCUCGUCACGAGUCGCCAGACUUGUUCUCGUUCCGCCCGCUUGCCGCGGCAGGAGCCAUGCAUGGGGUGCGCUGGAACAAAGCAUGAACGGGCAGACACAGACACAAACAUCACCAUGGGCAGGGGUAGGUCCGAUGAGCUAAAUGGAUCACCCCAGCCCCUUCCAUAAGCGAUUCUGUCCACUGUCCAACAUUGCAAAUGUACCCGCUCUAGAGUUAAGUUAGGGUGAAGCUUUUCCCCCCGAUUGCCCGCCCCUGGUCUUCGCUAGCUCCAUCGGUAUCAGUCCACCGGUCAAUUGUCUGAACUAGAUUAAAGAUUGUUUUUUUUUUUUUAAUUUCAUUUCCCUUCCCGCAUAGCGCUCCAGAUCUGAUUCGUUUGGUUUUCGUCAUUUUCUUGUGGCACCCCCCUGAGAUCUGGUCGGCAUGGUCGUGGAUGAACAAGAGUGUGGCGGGGUUACCAAAUGGCGGACCCUGUCGUCGCGCUCUUGGUCGAGCAAAAGACUCAGAAUCGCGAGAGCUCCCUCUCCGGCCCCGGUCUGGGAGGAAAGCGCCCACUACCCGGUCUUCGACCCCCAGGAUCCUCGACACAAUCCGGCCGGGCCUCGGUCGUCCUGGAUGAAUGAUAAUUACUAUUUGUUCCAGACUCCGAGCCCCCAGGAUUCCGUCCGCUGGAUGCAAAGCCUGCCUAGAAGAUCCAUUCAGAAGGCACGACUGGGUCUGGGGGCUCUCCGCUCUGGCAUGCAGAGACGGACUUCCCGCUUGGGAGAACGCAGUGACACUCAGGUACCCCCGACAUGGCGAGCUGGACCAAUUCCGGCGUCUUUAGACCUACGGGGGGGCUCGUUCCCUUCGUCAGUCUCGGAUGCUAGCACCGAGGAAGACUAUGAGUUUGGGAGCAGACUGCAUCGCACCAGCUGCAACUAUUCCUCUUCUUCGUCUCGCGGGGAUAUAGAAAGGUACAUGAUGAGCAUAAGGGCCUCAAUCUCGCCUCCCGAAAUAUUUGUUUCCCCUAGAUCGACGAUGGAUCGGAUGGACCCGUCCGAUCUUUGUCUGGACGGAUGUGGCGGGGACGGUCCAUCGGCAAACACUGAUGAAGUGCGAAGUGUGGCAACCGGAGGACCAGGAGCAUCGUUUGUGGAGAGUCGUGCCGGUUCGAGUCGCUUCUACGCAAAUGGGGCUGCUAGCCGGCCGGCAGGUUCCAAUUCCGUCAGCCUGAUCUCGCCCUCGGGCAGUCCUAGCGGCUCAUCGCCUCCCAGUAUGACUGCUCAUGUUGAUAACCAUGUCCCGGAGUCGGAGUCGCCGCUGCAUCAUGACAUAUCCAGCCCUGAAACAACCCAGGAGGUCGGCGACGAACCAGAGCAGUCAGAACCCAUUUCAGAUACGGCCUGUGUCCCCAGACCAAGUGAUUCCCACGGUAACGAUGCCGGAAUGCCAACAGACGCGGUCAUAUUCUUGGACCAGCCACGCGAUGAGAGUCCCGAGGCUGCCAAACCCGAGUAUGAAAGCGAACAGGCAGAGCCCGUAGACACUAGCCCCGAGAAUCUCGGAGAAAGCCAGCCAUUGGAUGUGCAAGUGCAGUCGAGUAGCAGCCACGUCGAACCGGACGGGUUGAAUGAGGACAACGACUCGCCUGUGGACCAAGCUGAUUUCAGCGAAUAUAGUCACUUUUUCGGGGAACAAGCCCAGGAGUAUCUCGGGCAGGAUGUGCCUGCGGAAAUGGAUUCUCGGCGCAAUAGUUCCUUACACCCACCUGUAAUUGCCUCCAAUGAAAACGAGGACAAACUGUCGACUCGAUCUAUUCAAUCUCUUCGAGACGAGUACUUCUAUGUCGACGGCAAGUCAGGCGGUCUCCAUCCAGAUCGGGGCCAGAGCCCUACAAAGGCUGAGCGACGGCUUCGAAGCGAUGGCAGUCUGUACAGCGGGCCCGGUCUGGACCGUAGCCUGUCGGCACGGACACAGGACGUUCCUGAAAUCAUUGGCCCUGGGCGGCCUCCAACUAUUGAUCUGCUGCUCUAUCACGGCGAUCGCGACGGGAGCGAUUCGAGCGAUGAAUACAUCGCGGCGACGUACCCCAUUUGGCAACGAUACUAUUUUUCUUAACCCAUUCUCUCUCCACUUGCAUGUUUGGUGUUGUAUAAAUGUCGACACGUCAUGAUUGACCUGAACCAUAUAUUUUACGGACACUAUGUCUCUUCCUGUCGUUUGCUUUGCUGAGCAUGUUUCUAACGGGCGUUUGUCCUGUGGCCGUUCCUUUGCUUUACAUGUAUUGAACUGACCCCGCCAUGGGAGAUCAAUUGGAUAUUGGAUAUCGUGGGAGUGAUCCCGCGUCCAAAUCC